UUUUAGGGCGUCUCUCACUGCUUUUGAUCGUAGAUUCGAUUCUUACCUUGCUUGUUUCGCCCGCGUAUUUGAUAAAUUUCAGGGAAUUGUGCGGUCGAUCAAAGCGUUUGAACCAUGUCUGUCGAUGUGAAACAUCCGCUUGAUGCGGCAAGCACCGAUCUGCUCGAAGUGAGUCGCCAUCGACUCGAACCACUCUCGACAAAGAUGGAAGAGCGAGAUGCAGACGUUAUGAAGGCCUUUAUUCAAUCGAUGGGAACGAUGGGAGAGGUAUCAACGGACUAUCGUGACUCAGAGGAAGAUCAGUGGAUGGAACAACAAAGCUCCGCGCGGCUGUUCGAACGAUCUCGAAUCAAAGUGCUAGCAGAUGAAAGAGAAAAGGUUCAGAAAAAGACAUUUACAAAAUGGAUCAACUCACAUCUUCAGAGAGUUGGUGCCAGGGUUAAUGACCUUUAUCAUGACCUUAAAGAAGGAAAGAAGUUGAUUCUUCUUCUUGAAAUCCUAUCUGGAGAAAAGUUGCCCAAACCAUCCAAGGGAAGAAUGCGAAUUCACAUGCUUGAAAAUGUUGACAAGGCUUUAACAUUCUUGAAACAACAGAAGGUCCAUUUGGAAAACAUUGGUGCACAUGACAUUGUUGAUGGAAACAACAAGAUUACACUGGGUCUGAUAUGGACAAUAAUCCUUAGAUUCCAGAUUCAAGAUAUUACCAUUGAAGGUGAAACAAAAGAAAAGAGAUCUGCUAAAGAUGCCCUGUUAUUGUGGUGUCAGUCCAAGACUGUUGGGUAUCGCAAUGUCACUGUGUCCAACUUUACCACAAGCUGGCGAGAUGGAUUAGCUUUCAAUGCGCUUAUUCACAGACACAGGCCUGAUCUUAUUGAAUAUGAAAAACUAACAAAGAGUGAGCCAGAGAAAAAUUUGAACCUGGCUUUUGAAGUGGCAGAGACACAGCUUGAAAUACCACAGCUGUUAGAAGCAGAAGAUGUCAAUGUUGAUUUCCCUGAUGAGAAGUCAGUCAUCACCUAUGUGGCAGCUUAUUAUCAUUACUUUGCCAAGAUGAAGACAGUGGAAGUUAGUGGCAGCCGAAUUGGCAAGGUAAUUGAGCGCAUCAAGGAAAACCAUGAACUGAUCAUCGAAUAUGAGAAGCUGGCAACAGAUCUUCUUGAGUGGAUCCAGAUCACCAUUGUGAAGCUCUCAGACAGGAAGUUUGCCAACACUCUUGUUGGAGUUCAGCAAGAGAUGUUAGAGUUUAAUCAGUACAGAACUCAGGAAAAGCCACCCAGGUUUGUUGAGAAAGGAAACCUUGAAGUACAGUUGUUUAUUCUGACAAGCAAACUGCGUGCCAAUCACCAAAAGAUGUACACUCCUCCUGAGAACAAGGCACUGAGUGAUAUCAACAAGGCUUGGGAAGCACUUGAAAGAGCUGAACAUGAAAGGGAACUGGCUCUGAGAGAAGAACUCAUGAGGCAAGAAAGACUAGAGAUGCUUGCUGCUAAGUUUGACAGAAAGGCUGCCAUGAGAGAGACAUGGUUGAAUGAGAACCAGCGUCUGGUGUCCCAAGACAAUUUUGGAAAUGACAUAGCUGCCGUGGAAGCUGCUACAAAGAAACACGAGGCAAUUGAAACUGAUAUCAUGGCAUACGAAGAACGUAUCAAAGCCAUCGUUCAAGUUGCAGAUGAAUUACACAGAGAAAACUACCAUGAAUCAGACCGAAUCCAGGAGAGGAAAGACCUGAUUUUAAGGCUUUGGGAGCAACUGCUGGAAUUGCUGAAGCGUCGACGAUCUCGGUUGGAGAAGUCCAUGAAACUGCAACGCUGCUUCCAAGAAAUGAUAAACACAAUUGAUUGGAUGGAUGAGAUCAAGAUGGGCCUUUUAUCUGAAGAUUAUGGUAAACACUUGCUUGGCGUGGAAGAUCUUUUACAAAAACACAGUCUGGUAGAAGCAGACAUUGCAGCACAAGCUGACCGAGUGAAGUCUGUGAACGAACAAGCUGAAGUGUUCCUACACUUGGACAAUGAAGAGGAUGGUUUCAAACCAGACGAAAACCAGAUCAGAGAUCAUCAAGCUGAAUUAGAAGGUGCCUACAAUGAGCUCCUGCAGCUUGCAGCAGCAAGGCGUGCCAGACUAGACGAGUCUCACAAGCUACAGACCUUCUACCGGGAUGCUGAAGAGGAAGAGAUGUGGGUGUCAGAGAAGGCUCAUUCCUUGCAGUCUACAGACUAUGGACAUGAUCUGAACAGUGCCAUGGUCCUGUUGAACAAACAUGAGGCAGUUGAGCGUGAACUCGCGAAGCGUGACACUCAUACACAGGCCGUGAUGAAGAGUGGCCAGGAUCUUCUGGAUUCUGGACACUACUCCUCAGACACGAUCCAGUCGCGCAUGAUCAGCAUCCAGAACAAAUGGACAAACUUGGAAGACGUGGCUGGCUAUCGCAAGAAGAAGAUCGGGGAAAAUCAGAAGUUGCAACAGUUUAUCUCUGACUAUAAUGAUAUCAUGUCGUGGCUGGAUAUGAUGGAAAGGAUUGUCGCCAACGAUGACCUUGGAUAUGAUGAGGCAAGCAGCGACACAUUGUUGAAGAAACACAAGAUCAUCGAGGAAGACAUCGAGAAUUAUGCUUCAGUGAUCAAAGGCCUCCAUGAUGAGGUUGAUGAACUUGGUGACGAGGACAAGACCUCCCGUGAAGUGGUCGACAGAUGCAGAAAUGUGGACACUCGAUACGAAAACUUACGGCUGCAAGCUGCUAACCGCAGACACAAACUCUUGGAUGCUCUUUCUCUUCAUCAACUCAACAGAGAUGCUUACAUCGUGGAUAGCUGGAUCAAUGAGAAGGAGGAUAGGCUCGAAGCAGCUCUCACUGUCGAAAAGAGUAUGGAUCUUGAAGAAUGUCAAAUCAUUGAACAACGAUUUGACGGAUUCCAGCAGGAGUUGAAUGCGAACGAGAAGCGUGUUGGAGUUGUGAACGAUCUUGGAGGCCAACUUAUUGAGAAAGGACACAUCAAUUCUGAUGAAAUCAAAGACACCAUUGAUGGUCUCAACACAAAGUGGGCAAAUCUUCGAAAUGCGGCCGACAUCAAGAAGGCAAAACUAGAUAAAGCCCUCAGACUCCAACAAUUCCAUGCUGGUGUCCACGAAACCAAGUUGUGGAUUACCGAGAAGUCCAGUCUCUUGCUCAGUGUAGAGGAAGUCACUAACAUGAAGGAUCUUGCUACAGUAAUGAUCUUGCAGCGACGGCUCAACAGCAUCCAACGAGAUCUGGGACCUUUAGAAGACAAGGUCACAAAGUUGGAAAAUGACUCUGAAGUUCUUUGCUCUGAGUACCAAGGGGAACCAGAAGAACCAAUCAUCAGGGAUAAAAUCAAUGUCGUCAGCAGUGCCUGGGUCGACCUUAAGGACAACGUGAAGCAGCGAGAUGAUGCUUUGGCAGAAUCAGGAGAGUUGCAGCACUUUGUUAUUGAUCUUGACAAUUUCCAAAUAUGGUUGAACAACACUCAGAAUGAGGUUGCCUCUGAGGAAAUGCCUGUAUCGUUGAUUGAUGCAGAGAAGAUGUUGAAAGAACUUGAGGACCUUAAGGACGAGAUUGACAGCCGAGAACCUGACUUCAAGCAGUUGAUGUUGAGUGGUCCAAAGUGGAUCCAGGACGAGUCAGACCUCCAACAGCAAUCGCUGAAAGAACAGCUUGACAACUUGGAGACUGGAUGGAGUGAUGUACAUAUCCUGUGGGAUAACAGGAAGAAAAUGCUAAUUCAGGCCUUAAACCAUCAGCUUUUUAUCCGAGACUCCAAACAGUGUGAAGCCAUUCUCGGCCAGCAAGAGUUGUUCCUGUCCAAGGAGGAAAGCGGAGCUACUGUAGAGACCGUAAAAGAGCUGAUAAAGAAGCACGAAGAAUUUGAUAAACGAAUGCAAACCAAUGACGAUAAGAUCAACCAAAUGAUCCAGUUUGCCGAUCGUCUCAAUGAUGAAAAUCACUAUGCAUCUGACAAGAUCACAGAAAAAGCACGCAGCAUCGAUGAAAGGAGGAACGCAAAUCACGAAAAGAUGGCGGCAGCAUUGAAGAGGUUGAGAGAUGCUUUGGAGCUUCAACAAUUCAUCCAAGACUCCGAAGAUAUGUACGAUUGGCUGAACGAGCGACUGUUGAUCGCUUCGGAAGAGACUUACAGAGACUUGAGUAACAUCCAGGGUAAAGUCAUGAAACACAGGGCCUUUGAAGCUGAGAUCCAGGCCAACAAGGAGCGCCUUGACAAUAUCUGUGAGUCUGGAAACAACAUCGCUGAAGAGAAACCACAAAACAGGCCAGAAAUUGAAGAGCGAUUAGAAAAACUAAACGUCAAAUGGCAAGAACUGUCAGAUGCGUCCAAGCAGAAGGGAACCAAGUUAGGUGACGCACAGAAACAGGAAGAAUUCAACACUGGAGUUCAAAACAUCCAACAGUGGUUCACAGAGAUCGAACAAACUGUUGUCACCCACGAGAAGGCGACUGACUUGACCACAGCCACAAGGCUCUACCAGAAACACAAGAUGAUGGAAAAAGAAAUCUUGGCCAGGCGACAGCGUAUGCAAGAACUGAACUGCCAAGCUCAAGAUCUUGUUGAUGCUGGACACUUUGAUCCUAAUGCAGUGGAGGAAACUCGCAUUGUUAUGGAAGAAAGGCUGAGCAAGUGGCUGCUAGGACCCAGGACCUGCAAGAGAAAUACGACAAUCUUAAGAAAUUGUCGGAUGCGUACAAAGGUCAGCUGGACCUGUCACUACAGGCUAAACAGUAUUACUACGAUGCAGCAGAAGCUGAAUCGUGGAUGAGCGAACAAGAAUUGAACAUGAUGGGUGACGAACGUGGAAAAGACGAAGCAAGCGCCAAUGCCAUGCUCAAGAAACACGAGACUUUGGAGGCAGCCAUUGCUGAUUAUUCCGAGACAGUCAAUGAAUUAGGUGACACAGCUAAUGCUCUUGUGGAGAGCGAGCAUCCCGAGAGUGAGGCAGUCAAGAAACGUCAAGGUCAGAUCGAAAAAUUGUACGAAGGAUUGAAGGACCUAGCAGAGGAACGCCGAGGGAAACUGGACGAGACUCUUAAACUUUAUCAGCUGCAGGGAGAAAUUGAUGAUCUGGAACACUGGAUCGCUCAGAAGGAAGUGGUAGCUGGAUCGCAGGACAUUGGACAAGAUCUUGCCCAAGUAGAGUUGCUUAUCGAGAAAUUCCGCGAGUUCGCGCGUGAUACUACGAACACUGGCACCGAGCGCGUGGCUGCCACGAAUGCUGUCUGUGAUCAGCUGAUUGGAACAGGUCACACUGACGCUGCUACGAUAGCGGAGUGGAAAGAUCAGAUCAACGAGUCAUGGGCCGAUCUUUUGGAACUCAUUGAAACGAGGACAAAGAUGUUAGAAGCUGCCCGUGAAUUGCAUAAAUUCUUCUACGAGGCCAAAGAAGUAUUAGCCAUGAUCCAGGAGAAAGAAAACCUUCUCACAGACGACCUUGGUCGGGAUUUGAAUAGCUUACAUCAACUGCAAGUUGUGCACCAAGGAUUCGAAGCAGAUUUGGCACCACUCGGCAAUCAGGUCGUCGCGGUCCAGGAGGAAGCCAGUCGCCUCCAGGGCUCUUAUGCCGGUGACAAAGCUAGAGAAAUCCAAGACAAAGAGGACGAAGUGUUAGACGCAUGGAAGCGUCUCAACUGGCGUGUAAAACAGCGCACUGAGCGCCUUCAUGACGCUGAUGACUUAUACCGAUUCUUACUGGCUGUUCAAGACCAGAUGCUGUGGAUGAACGACAUGCUGAAGCAAAUUUUAACCUAUGAGAAAGCGAAGGAUGUUCCUGGAGUCGAGGUCUUGAUGGAACAACAUCAAACCAGGAAAGUUGAAAUUGAUGCACGCGAAGACAGUUUCCAGAAUGUUGUGAAGAUGGGAAAAGACUUGAUCGCCCGAAACCAUUACGCUACUCCUGAGAUUAAUGAGAAGCUGGAUAUGUUGAACCGACACAAAGAUGAAUUGUCACUCGAGUGGGACAAGAGAUGGGAACAUCUUCAACUAGUCCACGAAGUCAUGCAGUUUGCACGUGAUGCUCACAUGGCGGAAGGAUGGAUGAUCGCUCAGGAACCAUACCUGAAAAACGAGAACCUUGGGAGCGAUCUCAACGAAGUCGAACAGCUGCUGGAGAAACACAGCAACUUCGAGAAACUCGUCAAUACUCAAGAAGAAAGAUUCCAGGCUCUUGAGCGCCUAACGACGUACGAGCUCCGUGAAGGAAAGCGUCGCAAAAUGGAACAAGAACGCCGUGAACGAGAAGAACGAGAAAGAAAAGAGAGAGAAGAAAAAGAACGGCAGGAACAACUGGAGAGAAUCCGCAGACAGGAGGAAGAAGAGCUCCGACGACGAGAAGAGGAAGAAGCACGCAGAAGAAGUGAGCAAAGGGAAGCUGAACAGAGAGCGAGGGAGGAGGCUGUCGUUGUCGCAGAAGCUGAAGGGGUCGAAGGCGCACCAGAUGAAAAAGAAACAGACGAGAGCGUUACAGACGGUAAAAUGGAAGGCUAUCUGUAUCGUAAGCCAACAAUGGAUGCUCCCAACAGAAAGGCACCAAUCAGGCAAUGGAAGCAAUUCUAUGUUGUUUUACAAGACAUGUCUCUUCAUUUCUACAAAGAUCAGAAAACGGCACGCGUGGAUCACGAGGCAGCCCAUUCUUUGACUACAGAGGAAGGUUUUGUGGAAAAAGCCGUUGAUUACACCAAGAGAAAGAACGUGUUCAGAUUCAGAUCCAGUGCUGGUCAAGAAUUCCUUUUCCAAGCUAAAGAUGAGGAGGACAUGAAACUGUGGAUUAAACACAUUCAGGAGAAUAUCAGCGGAGAGGCUGCCGGGAAAGAUGCAUCACCUGGCAAGAAAACUGACAAGGGCAAAGGUGGAAGCGGCAUUUUUGGCAAACGAAGAAGCAAAAACUUAGAUAAGGAGAAAGAGGAGAAGAAAUAAAAGAAGAUGAAACGAAAAGUUAUGAAUAUCUGUGAAACAGUUAAUCGCUUUGUUUAGGAAUUUCAUUUUGUAAUGGAGCGUUUCAGACGAAUUAUUCUUUGGCUUUCUUGAAGGAAUGUUGUUUAAACUGGAUAGACCUGUUUGUAAAGUUUAUUGUGUGUAAGUGUUUUCUUGCUAAGCAAAAACGAAUUCUAGUGUGAACUGAGACGGUUUUAGUUUUCAAAAGGAUUUUGUGCCUCUUAGAACAAAAACCGAAAGAAGCUUUUUACGCGAACUUCGCUAGAUAGCGUCAGAGGUAAAGAUGGACGUUAAGACCUUUGUCUUACAAGGGAGGUGAUUAAAAUCAGACGAGCGACACAGAAGAAUUGUGAAUCACGAGAAUGGAAAGGUUAUGUUGUUGUAAGUUUAAUAGUCAGCAUUCAUUAGUUCAACAUACAUAUUUUUAGGUGUGCUUUAUUUUGAACAAAUACCUUUGGAAGGGAGAGGAAAAACUUUUAAGUGGUAUAUAGAUAUUUUCUUUUUUUUUUUUUCCUUUUUUUUUUCUCUUAAUUGUAAUUAACUUACAUUUUGUUAAGUCAUCAAAUACGAGUUUAAGGAAUGGGUUUAGUUGAAAAACUUCAAACUUUGAUGCUUAAUUUCUCUGUUACAUUUUCUUGUUGAGAUACGUUUCGCUAAAACGGUGAAUGUAGAUGAAAACGUUACACUGGUUCAAGGAAGGAAUUAUCCGCGAAAAUAUAAUCUUGAUAACAUUGCAGGUGAUCAGAUAAUAAGUGUGAACAUCCUACUUUUUUUCUCUUGAUUCACCUUGAAUUGUGUAGUACAAUAUUGCGAACAGCGCUUAGCUGGUCAAUAAAGUUAAAUAAUGCUAA